AUGGCGAGAGUUGCUGUGUUGGUUGCGACGGUGGUGCUAGCUUUUCUGACGGCGGCUACGGUGACGGCGAAGAAAUGGACGGUGGGAGAUAACAAGUUCUGGAAUCCAAAUAUCAACUAUACCGUUUGGGCUCAGGACAAACAUUUCUACCUCGACGAUUGGCUCUAUUUUGUGUACGAGAGAAACCAAUACAAUGUUAUAGAAGUGAACGAGACGAAUUACAUAAGUUGCAAUCCCAAUAACCCUAUCGCUAAUUGGAGCCGUGGAUCUGGAAGGGACUUAGUUCAUCUCAAUGUGACCAGACAUUACUAUCUGAUUAGUGGUAAUGGUGGUGGAUGUUACGGUGGUAUGAAGCUAGAUGUUUUAGUUGAGAAAUCGCCUCCUCCUCCAGCUUCAUCCCCUGUCAAGAACAGUGCAAGAAGUUCCUUAACGGUCUCGGGUUUUGCGCAUCAGUUUGUUAUCCCGGUAGCUGUUUUCGCAGCUAUCGGGACAAUGUGGGACAAGGUAUUGAGGUUGUGGUGA